UUCGCAAAACCGUCGGGUGGUAAGUACGCAUUGAAGAAUUUUCCCGCGUUUCUGCUGCCGCUUGAAUAUUUGGAAAUCCUGACGUCGAAACAGUUUAAGUUGACGAGUGCGAAGAGGGUGUGGAAUGGACUUUAUUUUUGAUACUGGUAGAGCUACCCACAGCAUCACCUGACUACAGGAACUUUAACGGUAACAUUAAAUAAAUAACUAAGAAGAUCAUCGAGAAGUUCACUCAAAGUCUACCUGAUGUCGCGCCACUGAUUUCGAAACGGAAACCAAUUAAAACGUUUCAUCAGAUACCGAAUACUGGUCGAUGGAAUUAGGAAUUCUGAAGUUUGAAAUAUAAUGAGAUUUGAUUAAACUAAGACUGAUUGUUGUGUACUUCAAUUUAAAUCAUAAAAUCAAGAUAAAGCUUGAUCUUUCCCACACGUUGAUCAAUUCGAUUAAUUUUAACCAAAUUUACAUAAAUGACGUAGACCUACACAAAUUUAUUGUAAAGUUACCAUGGAAACAGGAACUCUUCACUACGUAGAUGACGAAGAACCUACUUAUGAAUCAGUUCUUCUUCCAGAAAACAAAAUAAUAGCGUCAUCAGAAAAUCUACUUUCUCCUUACCAUUCUUCAGUAAUUAACGCUUUGAGUAACAUACAGGACUUUGUGGAAACAACUAUCGUGCUAAGAAAGAACAAACAGAACGAACUGAACAUCUCUGUGACUGGUGGCAUAAAUACCUACAUGGAGGCUGUUUGUGUAACGGAAGUACACCGUGACAGCUCCGCUUAUCGAGACGGCCGGUUAAGAAGAGGAGAUGUGUUGUUAGCUAGGGCUUUUAGUAUACGUUGUUUGGAAAAGUUAGAGCUGUAUCAUUGA